AUGGCAGAGGAGUGCAACACAGAUGAUGCCUUGCAGAAGAAGGUCAACUGCACAGCGUGCGGGCAGCAAGUUAAUCAGUUCCAACGUAACUCUGUUCUUGAGCAUCCUGUGCUCAAAGUGCUUAUUUGCAAGUCGUGUUACAAGUUUUACAGAAGUGAUGACAUCAGCAAAGACUCGGACGGAAUGGAUGAGCAGUGCAGGUGGUGUGCUGAAGGGGGCAAACUGAUUUGCUGCGACUUUUGCAACAACGCCUUCUGCAAGAAGUGCAUUCUGCGCAACCUGGGACGGAAGGAGCUGUCCGUCAUCACCAAUGAGAACUCAAAGUGGCACUGCUACGUGUGCACCUCUGAGCCACUCUCUGACUUAUCCUCCAAAUGCCAGCGCAUCAUGGAGAAGUUAGAAACGGUGUGGAACAAGGAGCGUAGACCAGAGAAGAGUCAGGAGCGCGACGGCAAGCAGCACAGAGGGAAAGAGGCGAAAAAACACAAAGCCGUCAACGGAAAGGAGCACGGCGAGGACUCUGGGACCAUGACCUUCUGCUACAAAAAGCUGCACGUUUCCAAAGAGCUCGUCAAAAAGGCCAAGAAGCUGGUGGAGACGACGGCGGGCCUCAACAACACGUUCAUUCAGUUCAUCCAGCAGGCGAGCGAGAAGCAAGGGGACAACUCCAUCAGGUAUAGACACUUGAACGCGUUCAAAUCGGUGCUCAGCGAUUUGAAGAAAGCCCAUACUGCCCUGGAGGACGCGUUGGAGCCCGAGUUCAAGAACAUGGAGUUGCAAAACGGCGACGAGGGGUUACACGUUCACAGGAAAAGCGUGGAGGAUGCAGACACGGAACUCGUGGACGAUAUCGCUGCCGCGGCGGAGCCAGAGGAGGAAGAGGGGGACAACAAGGAGGAGGAGGAGGUGGAGGACGGUGAUGAGGACAGCGAUCGAUCCCCUGAUGCUGAGCCAAAGGGAGUGGACACGGGAACCGCCAAGGCCAACGUCACGGCGCAGUCCGACGACGAGGAAGACGACGACGACGACGACAUGCCUAUGGAUGAGAUGUCCCUGGACCACGACAUCGUCUCGGUUCCCCCGUCGGUUCCCGAGGAGCUCUUCCAGAUGGUGGAGAGCCUCGCUGACUCCUCCAUGCUCUCGCAGACAGACGACGCGGCCAACGACGGGGCCGGCGAAGACACGGCCGCCGUGUCCAAGGAGAAGGUGGCGAACUCCCAGCGACACCAGCCCAAGGUGAAGAACCUCAUCGUCAAACUCACCCCCGUGCCGGUGGUGACGACGUGCAGCUCCAGAUCCUCCAGGUCCUCAAGAUCCAGGUCCAAGAGCAAGAGCAAGGACAAGGAGGUUGAAACCCCAAAGAAGAGCAAGAAGAAUAAGAAGGAAGGGAAGAAGAACGAGGUUGAGGAUGACGUGGAAAAAGAGGAGGAUGACGUGGAAAAAGAGGAUGACGUGGAAAAAGAGGAGGAUGAAGUAGAAAAAGAGGAGGAUGAAGUGGAAAAAGAGGAAGAACAGGCGGUAGAAGAGGAUGGUGAGGAGGAGGAUGAGGCAGAGGAGGAGGAGAAGGACUCGGGUUCUGAGGUGAAACAGAGGAAUGGAACUCCAACUGAUUGCGUCCCCAGUAAGCGUCGCUCUAGCCGGACAAAGACCACACCACUCAGGAAGCAGGCGGAGAUCAAGGCCAAGGAGGACUCCUCAGAGACAGAAGGUCAGAACCGGGACAAGGCUGACAAGGCCGGAAAGUCCAGCAGCACCAAGACCAAAAACGGAAAACGGACCAAGACCUCUUCGCCCGAGGACAAAGGGGAGGAGUCUGACUCAGACUCCGUGCCCGACAUACUGCUGCAGAAGGUGGCGGAAGAGCACAGUUCCGCUGAAGGGGGGGUCACGAAGAGUGCCAAGAAGUGCUUGUUUAAGCAGAAGGAGAAGGAAAAGCCGAGCAAGCGCAAGAGGAAGUCGGACACCUCCGACUCUGACCCGCCGGAGCAGGGCAAAAGUAAAUCUUCAGUGGCAUCCAAGAAGUCCUCAAAGAAGAAGAAGCACAGCGGCUCAGAGGACUCUGAGCCGGAGAAGGCCACCAAGAGAAGGUCAAGCCGGACGAAGAAGAAGGAAGAGGUCAAGAAGUCUCCCGACGCCAAGGCCAGGGAUCUGAAAAGGUCCUACGAAAAGAAGCGAACGGCGAGGAAGGCUAAAGGGGCGUCUAAGUCGUCCUCCAGCGACGAGGAGGAUGGGGACGAAGGGGCCAUCGGUGGGGAGGACUCCGGAGAAGACAGCGACCAGCAGAGGAUCAAGCCUCUUGUGGAGGACAACGUCGCCACAGCAAGCGGCAACUUCCAUCAGUCCUCAGGGGAUGAAGAUGGCAAUAAAGACGGCUCUCAUCCUGGUGAAGACGAUGACGACGCUGAAAACCGAAUUGCAAAGAAAAUGCUUCUGGCACAAAUAAAGUCCAACUACUCGUCUGGUGACGACAGUUCCUCAGACGGUGAAGGGGGAGAUAACGAAGACAAGAAAUCCAAGAAAGUAAAGAAAGAGAAAAAAGACGAUGACGAGGAGGAGGAAGAAGACGGAGAUGAAGAUCAGGAAGACAACGACGAUGACGACUACGAGGAGGACUCCCAGCAAGGCUCCGCCUCGGACGGAGACACGAAAAAGGGGCGGCGCCACGCCUUGCUGCGCCACAAACUCACUCUGAGCGAAGGAGAGUCGGCGGACGAGAAGUCUGGUGGCAAGGGCAAGAAGAGCAAGGACCCCAAGAAACGAUCAUGGCGGAAAGUCGGCAGUGACGACUCGGACUCUGAGUUCGAGAAGUCCGGAUCCGCCAGCGACGAUGAGUCUGUGAUGAGCGAGGAGUUGAGCGGGUCAGAAGAGGACGGCAAACGCAGAAAGACCAGGUCGUCCAAUAAGAAAGACGUGGAGAAACGGAGCUCCAAGCAGAAACAGAAGAAGAAGAGGCGCAGAAUUAAAGUGCAGGAUUCCUCCUCCAGCAACGACAAGAGCGGUGACGAUGAAGACGGGGACGACGAAGACGGAGACGAUAAGGACACGCCCAAGGGCCGCAAGAGGAUCCGCAAGAUCCUGAAGGACGACAAGCUCCGCACGGAGACCCGGGACGCUCUGAAAGAGGAGGAGGACCGGCGACAGCGUAUCGCGGAGAGGGAGAUGCUGAGGGAAAAAAUGAUAGAGACGGCGGAGAUAAAGGAGGCCAGUCAGAUGGACUGUCCCAUCACCCUGAAGAUGGUGCUGGAUGAGGAUGAAGAGACAAAGGAGCCCAUGGUGCAGGUGCACAAGAAGCUGGUCACCAAGCUGAAGCCGCAUCAGGUCGAAGGUGUGCAGUUCAUUUGGGACUGCUGCUGCGAGUCGAUGAAGAAGACUGAGAAGUCAUCCGGCUCUGGGUGCAUCCUGGCCCACUGCAUGGGCCUGGGAAGACCCUGCAGUGCAGUUCUGCGUUUGGCCCUGCAGGUGGUGACGUUCCUCCACACUAUGCUGCUCUGUGAGAAGCUCAACUUCUCCACGGCCCUGGUGGUCUGCCCGCUGAACACGGUCCUCAACUGGCUCAACGAGUUUGAAAAGUGGCAGCACGGGAUGAAGGACGAGGAGAGCUUGGAGGUGACGGAGCUGGCCACGGUGAAGAGGCCCCAGGAGCGUGCCUACGCCCUACAGCGGUGGCAGGAGGAUGGGGGCAUCAUGAUCAUCGGCUACGAGAUGUACAGGAACCUCACCCAGGGACGGAACAUCAAGAGCAAGAAGCUCAAGGAGACCUUCCAGAAGACUCUUGUGGAUCCCGGUCCGGACUUUGUGAUCUGUGACGAGGGCCACAUCCUCAAGAACGAGGCGUCUGCCGUGUCCAGGGCCAUGAACUCCAUCAAGACCCGCCGGAGGGUCAUCUUGACCGGAACGCCGCUGCAGAACAACCUCAUAGAGUACCACUGCAUGGUGAACUUCAUCAAGGAGAACCUGCUGGGCUCCGUGAAGGAGUUCAGGAACCGAUUCAUCAACCCCAUCCAGAACGGCCAGUGUGCCGACUCCACUGAGCAGGACGUGCGCGUCAUGAAGAAGAGGGCCCACAUCCUCUACGAGAUGCUGGCCGGCUGCGUUCAGAGAAAGGACUACACGGCACUGACCAAAUUCCUACCUCCAAAGCAUGAGUAUGUGCUCGCUGUGAGGGUGACGCCCAUUCAGUGUAAACUUUAUCGGUACUACCUGGAGAACUUUACAGGUGUUGGCAACGCCAACGAGGGGGGCAAGGGACGCGCUGGGACCAAACUCUUCCAGGACUUCCAGAUGCUGAGCAGAAUCUGGACCCAUCCCUGGUGCCUUCAGCUCGACUACAUCAGCAAAGAGAACAAGGGAUACUUUGACGAGGACAGCAUGGAGGAGUUCAUCGCCUCGGAGACCGAGGAGUCCUCCAUGAGCAUGACCUCGGAAGACGACAAGAAAAAGAAAAAGAAGGGCAAGGGGAAGAAGAAGAAGGGCUCGGACGACUCGGACAGCGAAGACCUGGAAGUGAUUAAGGAGUGGAACACCAGCUCCCGGGGAGGGGACCCGGCGGGGAGGAACCGAGCAGAGCCCGUGGAAGAAGCCCGGCCCUCCGCAUCGGGCCCAGGGAGCCCGUCUCCCGACUGGCACAAGGAGUUUGUCACCGAGCCCGUCUGCCCUGCAUCCCGGUCUGCGCAUCAAAGGCGCUCCUCAGACUGA